AUGAGAUUCACAGCCGUCUCCGCCGUCUCCUUCCUCGCAGGCACCGCGAUUGCCGCCCCUACGGACAUGAACGCCAACAAGGCAUCCGACAUGUCCGCAGACGCCUCCUCCAUCGCAAACAUGCGUCUGGCCAGCCUGUUUAACGAGCGCCAGAUGGCCGUGCUCAGGGUUCUUUCGGAGCAUCAGCAGGAGCUGGGCAUGAGCCAGGAGGAGAAGGACAUAAUGGAUGCCUUUAUGGCUGUGCUCCAUGAUGAGGCUGCUGUUACUGUCAAGAGACAAGAGCCGGUUCCGGUUUCGGUUUCGGUUACUGCUCCGGAUGUGGAUCCGACUGCGAUCACAGAUCUUACUCCUACGGUCGUCAAUGCUACUGCUCUGGGCAGCCUUGGAAGUGUGCUUGGUGCUUUGACCGGGGUGACUCCCGGUGCUGUUGUUCCGACUGGCAUCGUUGGCGCGGUUGGUGGUGCUGCGUCUGGCGUGGCCAACACUGCUGCUGGGGCUGCUGGUUCGGCCACGGAUUUGCUUAGCAUUCUGAAGAAUAUCCCGGGCUUGGGGGCUCUGCUGGCGAAUGCGACGAGUGCUGCUGGAGGAGCUACUUCGGGGCUGGGAUCUGCUACUUCUGGGCUAGGAUCUGCGACUUCUGGGCUGUCCGGCCUUACUGGCGGUUUAGGCGGCCUGACUGGUGGUCUUGGAGGUUUGACUGGUGGCUUGGGAGGCUUAACUGGAGGAUUGGGAGGCUUAACUGGAGGAUUGGGAGGCUUAACUGGAGGAUUGGGAGGACUGACUGGAGGAUUGGGAGGUUUGACGGGUGGGCUUGGAGGACUGUGUGGCGGUGUUCGCAGGGGCGGCCUUUUGGGCGGCAUUCUCAUUCCAGGUAUCUUGUAA